AUGGAAUACCAGCAGACGCUGUUCCAGGAGCUCCGGGCCGAGGAUGAGCUUGUCGUCCUCGCCCGGGGCCUGGGCCUCAUGCGCCUGAUCACUAACCUCCUUCACUCAUACGACGUAGCAGGAAACAAUCUGAUUCUCAUAGUUUCCGCCACGGAUAGAGAGAAUGGGUGGAUCGGGGAGGCCCUUGCGGAGCACGCCGCCAUAAGCAUGGCGCCCAAGGCCCGGGGCCUGACGGUUGUGAACACUGACUUCACGAGCGUGGGCGCGCGAGAGAAGAUGUACUCUAAAGGCGGCAUCUUCAGCAUCACCUCACGAAUCCUCGUCGUGGACAUGCUCACGGGCCUGCUGCCGCCCGAAUCUGUUACUGGAGUCGUCGUGCUUCACGCCGACAAAGUUGUUGCUACCUCGCUCGAGGCCUUCAUCCUGCGGAUUUACCGGCAGAAGAACAAGGCGGGGUUUCUCAAGGCCUUUUCGGACAACCCGGAACCCUUUUCCCGGGGUUUCUCGCCCCUGGCCACCAUGAUGGGAAAUCUUUUCCUGAGGAAAGCCUCGCUGUGGCCGAGAUUCCAUGUGACCGUUGCGCAGUCGCUAGAGGGGAGGAGGAGGAAGGCAGAGGUGAUUGAACUCGAGGUCCCCAUGACGGAUGCCAUGACCGAUAUUCAGAACGCCAUUCUGGACGCUCUGCUUAAGAAUUUCGACGUCAUUGUGCGUCGACAGCUCGAGCCUAACUGGCACAGGAUCAGCUGGAAAACGCGACAAAUCGUAAACGAUCUUACCUCGCCUUGGCUUUUCCUCGAUGCGGCAGAAACCAUCUUCGUCACGGCGCGGAGGCGAGUCUACGCGGCCGCUGGACAGGCCGCAGCCGCGACCUCCGACGGCAAUAUCGAUGUGCUGAAACCCGUGCUAGAGGAGUUGCCCAAAUGGAACGUGCUCGCCGAGGUGCUAGAGGAGAUUGAUCGCGACCUAUAUUUCGAACCGACCCUCAAGGAGGACUCUAACGGGACCAUCCUCAUCAUGUGCUCAGACACAGACAUAUGCCGCCAGCUGCGAGACUAUCUGCAAACGAUGCACAUAAAGCCACGGACGGAGAACGAUGACACGCUCAACGUGGAGGACGAGGCCGAGGAGCGGUACAAGCCCUCGGCGAAUUUUAUGAUGAGGCGUAGGCUACGAAACUACCUAAGGUGGAAGAGGGAGUUCGCCCAGGUGAACGCUGCCCUAUUUAGUGAGAACCAAAAGGCCCUUAACGGCGCCAUGGACCCUCGCCUGGCCAACAAGAGCAGAGCCCCGGCGAACAAGCGUAGGCGGGUGCGGGGCGGGGGUAGCAUGGGUGCGCACCACCCGAACCGGACGGACAACGGGAGCAUCGCGCAGUACUUUGAGCAGCCUGGCGAGAUGGCGGAGCUCAUGUCCGAGGUGCCCGUCACGGAAGAGGAGGCGGAGGAGAGGGCGGACGUCGUUGUGGACGCGCUCAAAGAUAUGGAGGAGUACUAUCAGCUCUACGAGAUGCGUGACCUCGUCGUCGUCCACGCCUACGACGGCGACCAGGACGAGCACGUGCUGGAAGAAGUGCGACCGAAAUACAUCAUCAUGUUUGAGCCCGACGCGUCCUUUAUCCGCCGCGUAGAGGUGUACAGGUCCUCGCACAACGACCGCAACGUGAGGGUUUACUUCAUGUACUACGGCGGGUCGGUCGAAGAGCAGCGCUACCUUUCUGCCGUCCGGCGGGAGAAGGACGCCUUCACCAAGGUCAUCAAGGAGAGGGCGAGCAUGUCCCUCGUCCUCAACGUGGACCCGAGCUCCGUCGACCCCCAGGAAGCCUUCCUCCGCACCAUCAACACGCGCAUAGCCGGGGGCGGACGCCUCGCGGCCACGGCGCAGCCUCCUCGUGUCGUCGUCGAUGUGCGCGAGUUCCGCUCCUCGCUGCCGUCCCUCCUGCACGGGCGCAGCGUCAUCAUCAUCCCCUGCAUGCUCACCGUGGCCGACUACGUGCUCUCCCCAAACAUUUGCGUGGAGCGCAAGUCCGUCAGCGAUCUCAUCUCGUCGUUCCGCGACGGCCGACUGUACACGCAGACCGAGGCCAUGUUCCAGCACUACCGCAACCCGAUGCUUCUCAUCGAGUUUGACCAAAACAAGAGCUUCACCCUCGAGCCCUUUGCCGACCUCUCGGGCAGCCUCAGCAGCGUCGCGCCCUCCAAUGCCUCGUCGGAUCUGCACUCACCCUACCAGACUGCCGAAAUCUUCGAGGCCCUCAAGAAGCAGGAGGACGAACCGGACCCCAUCGCCGCCGUGAGGGCGGGCCUCGAAAAGGGAGCUGGUAGCGCCGUUAUGGAGCAGACGUUUAACCAGGAGCCGCAAGAUAUGCUGGCCGCCGUGCCUGGUGUGACGCCAGUGAAUCUGCCGGCGCUCGUGAACAAAGUGGGGAACGUCCGGGAGGUGGCCAACAUGGAGGCUGCGGAGCUGGAGCCCUUGACGGAGCGAAGCAUCAGCGCCAGCGCCCAUAAGCGUCUCGAGCAACUUGAACAUCACGUCCCGUACCCCGCUCAGCCCUUCGAGUACUCUCUUGAGAAAGUCCACGACGUAAUCCAUGGCGGCUUCGAGUGA